UACCCUUGAAAGUGUCAUUCGAGCCCAAACCAGGACAAGAUGAAGUAUUCUGCGCUAACAUCGGUUUCCUCACUGCUGGUGGUGGUGAUUUUACAUUUAGCGCACGGAUGGGAUGCCCCAUGGUUUUGCCAUGGUUAUGAAUGUCCCGAGUUCACUGUUGUUAAUACAUAUGAGGACUUUGAGGAACGUGAGUACAAAGGGUGCCGCUGGAUAACUUCUGACUCUGCGAGCGACUCUGACUCCGACCUGAAAGCUGCAUUCACUAACCUGUGGGAUUAUACACAGGGGAACAAUCAAGCAGGUGGAAUUUUAAAUGCUCAUACCUGGCCUGCACUCGUUACUACAACAGAAGUAAGGGAGAGGAGAGAGAAGAAUGUAUCUGUCUCUUUCUUAGUGGCUACAGAAAAUGUAAUCUUACCCACUCCAAAUGCUCUAAUCAGAGAGGAAACCAUGCCAGCUUCCACCAUAUAUGUCAGGAGUUUCAGUAGUCUUUCGUCACGUUACACUGUGCAGGACAAUUUGGACAAGCUACGCAAUGCUCUGGCAUUGGCUGGAAAGUCCUUUAACACCUACCAGUAUACCAUGGCAGCGUACGAGAACCCGUGGACUCUGAUUGACAGACAUGAUGAGGUCUGGAUCCAUGCAGCCUGAGGAAGAGAAAUUAAAUGAACAAACACAGAGAAUUAUAAUUUGUUGGACUGGCAUGAUCCCAUUCUUAGCGACUUUUAUUGCACUUUCUAUUUAGGUGGAGGGACUUUGUCAGUUAUUGUAUAUCUGAUUUUAUAAAUGUGAAGCUAUUACUGUGGAAUUUGAAAAACAUACCAGUUUCUGCACUUUUUAUACCAGUGCUACAGUAGCUAAAUAUACCCCUAUUAGUGACAUAUAAAUGUGGUUAUGGUCAUUCCAGUUAUAUUCUCUCAAGUCAAACAGAUUUUAGUAAAAAUAUAUCCUUAGUAUUCAACAAAUACAAAUGUCACUUUGACUUGUUUGCUCCCUAAAGUAUGUUCUGCAAUCACAAUAGACCUGUUCUGGGUUGAA